UUAUGGAUUAAUGAUUUAGGUGUAGCAACUUGGAUUUUCUUAUUUUCAGCAUUGGAGAGAGAGGUAAGAAUCAGCGAUUAGCCCUCACUUGCCGCCUACAUCCACCUUGCCACCCGCACGCCCUGCCGCUGCCCAGCAGAAAUGCUUCGCUUACACACAGUCCUUCGCCAGAUAAGGCCUGUGUCCAGGGCACUGGCUCCUCAUCUCACUCGGGCUUAUGCCAAAGAUUUAAAAUUCCGUGCAGAGGCUGGAGCCUUAAUGCUUCAAAGUGUCGACCUUUUAGCUGAUCCUGUAGCCAUUACUAUGGGGCCAAAGGGAAGAACAGUGAUUAUUGAACAGAGCUGGGGAAGUCCCAAAGUAACAAAAGAUGGUGUGACCCUUGUAAAGUCCAUCGACUUAAAAGAUAAAUAUAAAAAUAUUGGCGCUAAACUUGUUCAGGUUGUUGCCAAUAAUAUAAAUGAAGAGGCUGGGGAUGACACCACCACAGCUACUGUGCUGGCAUGCUCCAUUGCCAAGGAAGGCUUUGAGAAGAUCAGCAAAGGUGCCAAUCCAGUGGAAAUCAGGAGAGGUGUGAUGUUAGCUGUUGAUGCUGUAAUUUCUGAACUUAAGAAGCAAUCUGUGACAACCCCUGAAGAAAUAGCUCAGGUUGCUACAAUUUCUGCAAAUGGAGACAAAGAAAUUGGCAACAUAAUUUCUGAUGCAAUGAAAAAGGUUGGAAGGAAAGGCGUCAUCACUGUAAAGGAUGGAAAAACACUGAAUGAUGAAUUAGAAAUUACUGAAGGCAUGAAGUUUGAUCAAGGUUAUAUUUCUCAAUACUUUAUUAAUACAGCAAAAGGUCAGAAAUGGGAAUUCCAAGAUGUAUACGUUCUGUUGAUUGAAAAGAAAAUUUCUAGUGUUCAGUCCUUCGUACCUGCUCUUGAAAUUGCCAAUGCUCACCACAAGCUACUGGUCAUAAUUGCUGAAGAUGUUGAUGGAGACGCUCUCAGUACACUGGUUUUGAAUAGGCUAAAAGAUGGUCUUCAGGUUGUAGCAGUCAAAGCUCCAGGUUUUGGGGACAAUAGGAAGAACCAGCUUAAAGAUAUGACUAUUGCUACUGUUGGUGCUAUGUUGGGAGAAGAAGGAUUGACUCUCAACCUAGAAGACAUUCAGCCUCAUGACUUAGGAAAAGUUGGAGAGUUCGUUGUGACCAAAGAUGACAACGCCAUGCUCUUGAAGGGAAAAGGUGACAAGGCUCAGAUUGAAAAACGUAUUCAAGAAAUCAUCGAGCAGUUAGAUACCACAACUAGUGAAUAUGAAAAGGAAAAACUAAAUUAACGCCUGGCCAAACUCUCAGAUGGGGUAGCUGUGCUGAAGGUUGGUGGGACAAGUGAUAUCGAAGUGAAUGAAAAAGACAGAGUCACAGAUGGCCUCAGUGCUAUCCGAACUGCUGUGGAGAAAGGCAUUGUUCUGGGAGGGGGCUGUGCCCUGCUUCGGUGCAUUCCAGCCUUGGACUCAUUAACUCCAACUAAUGAAAAUCAAAAAAUUGGUAUAGAAAUUAUUAAGAAAGCACUAAAAAUUCCUGCAAUGACCAUUGCUAAGAAUGCCAGUGUUGAGGGAUUGUUGAUAGUUGAGAAAAUUAUGCAAAGUUCCUCAGAAAUUGGUUAUGAUGCCAUGCUUGGAGAUUUUGUGAAUAUGGUGGAAAAAGGAAUCAUUGAUCCAACUAAGGUUGUAAGAACUGCUUUACUGGAUGCUGGUGGCAUGGCCUCUCUGUUAACAACAGCUGAAGUUGUGGUCACAGAAAUUCCCAAAGAGGAGAAGGACCUUGGGAUGGGUGGGAUGGGUGGCAUGGGAGGAGGGAUGGGAGGCAGCAUGUUCUAGCCCUGUAAUAGUGCUUUACCAUCAUUACUGAGGACUGAGAGGAAGCUCAGGGCAUCUCCUCACCUAUAACUUCAGAGAAGUCAGUUGAAGGAAGUGACUGAAGAAAAGGCUGGCUGAUGUUCAAGAAAAUCACUCUAACCAACUGGUUUCAGUUGACAACAUACAAUGAUUUACUGCUGUCAUUGUCCAUGCCUAGAGAUAAUUUAUUUUGUAUUUUUGAAUAAAAAUACAUUUGUACGUUCCUGAUUAAAAAAAAAAAAGAAUUGGAGAAUCAGCGAUGAUGUAAAGGUUUGGAUUUAGCACCUGAAGGUAUGAAAGCACCAUCAAAUGAGAUGUAGAAAGUCAUAGUGGGAAAAGUAAUGUUCAUGAGAAAUAUAAAAUCUUUUAU